UAUGCGAAGCUAACAACUGGAAGGGAUGCAGAGCGUGUGCCGGAUGUAUCAUUUAACCCGGAAGUGCAGAUGGGCCUUUAAUACAUGUGUAGGAAGUUGAUUUUCACUGUUAGUUUAUGGUGGUGAUAAUGGCGGUUGAUGCGAAGUCUAGAACAAAACGAUACGAAAAGUUGGAUUUUCUGGGCGAGGUUUGCCACAGUAUACAAAGCCAGAGAUAAGACUACAAAUACCAUAGUUGCUAUUAAGAAGAUCAAAGUUGGUCACAGAACAGAGGCCAAGGAUGGCAUUAACAGAACAGCCCUUCGAGAAAUCAAGUUGCUGCAAGAACUAAGUCACCCCAACAUAAUAGGACUCCUGGAUGCAUUUGGACACAAAUCCAACAUCAGUUUGGUGUUUGACUACAUGGAGACGGAUCUCGAGGUGAUCAUUAAAGACACGAGCCUGGUGCUGACACCAGCUAACAUCAAGGCUUACAUCUUGAUGACUCUACAGGGUCUGGAGUACAUGCAUCAACACUGGAUAUUACACAGGGACUUGAAGCCCAAUAACCUUCUGCUGGAUGAGAACGGGGUUCUAAAGCUUGCUGACUUUGGUCUGGCAAAAGCAUUUGGAAGCCCAAACCGUGUUUAUACACAUCAGGUUGUUACAAGGUGGUAUCGGUCCCCUGAGCUGCUCUUUGGGGCCAGGAUGUACGGAGUUGGUGUCGACAUGUGGGCUGUUGGGUGUAUCCUUGCAGAGCUACUGCUCAGGGUACCAUUCCUCCCUGGAGAUUCUGAUCUGGAUCAACUGACAAAAAUAUUUGAGGCUUUGGGCACACCAACAGAAGAAACUUGGCCUGGCUUGACCAGCCUUCCGGACUAUGUGUCUUUCAAACUGUUCCCUGGUACGCCGCUGGAGAACAUUUUCAGCGCUGCCAGUGAUGACCUGCUGGAGCUGCUGCGUGGCCUGUUCACCUUUAACCCCUGCACACGCAUCACAGCUACACAGGCCUUGAAGAAGAGCUAUUUCAGCAACAGACCUGGCCCUACUCCUGGUCCCCAGCUGCCCCGGCCCAACUCUUCCAUCGAGGCCUUGAAGGAGAAGGAGAACCUUAUCAUUGGCGUGAAGAGGAAACGAGAUGCUAUACAACAGGGUACCUUGAAGAAGAAAUUGAUUUUCUGAGGAGUGCAGCUUGGUGUGGAGAAACAGUUACUGUAGUGGAAUUCCAUCUCAAGGACUAGCGCUGAUAAAAUACCAUCCCCCCUCAUAGCUCUGAUGCCCCACCAGUGACUCUAGAGCAAGAAAUUGUCGUUAGAGAAAAUUUUUUGGUCAAAUUAUUGAUUUAAUUUAAAUUAAUUUUUUU